GGAGAGCGAGCUGCUCUGUGUCCGCUCUGCAGCAGCGGAGCGGACACAGACCUGUCCUCCGCUUGCUCAGCGGGGAUCAGCGGAGAUAAUCCCCCCCCUGAGCAAGCGGAUCCGCUAAAGGGGUCCAUUCCUCCAGGAGAGGAGCCGGUACACCUGUGCAAGACUGAAGGGGAGGAGCCGGUACACCUGUGCAAGACUGAAGGGGAGGAGCCGGUACACCUGUGCAAGACUGAAGGGGAGGAGCCGGUACACCUGUGCAAGACUGAAGGGGAGGAGCCGCUACACCUGUGCAAGACUGAGGGGAGGAGCCGGUACACCUGUGCAAGACUGAAGGGGAGGAGCCGGUACACCUGUGCAAGACUGAAGGGGAGGAGCCGCUACACCUGUGCAAGACUGAGGGGAGGAGCCGGUACACCUGUGCAAGACUGAAGGGGAGGAGCCGGUACACCUGUGCAAGACU